AUGCGGCGCGUUCCGGUUCCCCCAGAUGCCCAUCCACACAGCGGCUCUUCGGCUGUCCAGAGGCCCGAGGCAGAGCACCAGCUCGGCUUCCCCGUAAUUCUGAAAACAACACGUCGGAACGGAAAUAAUGCAGACGCAAGAGGAAGCCAGCGAGAAGUUCAGUUUCUGGAACUCUUGAGCUGCAACUGCCCCGGCGUCGGCCAUGUUGGACACGUCGCCCACUUAACUUACUGUAAUCCUCUCGGUUUCUUCUACUGGAGUCAGAAUGUCACUGAAGCCUCAAUCCUGGAGCGUCUUCCUCCUCCUCCUCCCCCUCCUCCUCCUCCAGGCCCCGCCCAUCGUGUCCAGCCUGUGCAGAGCUGCAGCGCCGUGUGGAGCCUGGGGGAGCGCUGUGUCCUACUGUCCUGCACCAGGAGCACAGCAUGUGCCAUCACCUACCUGCCCCAGCCACACCAGGAGUCUCUGGGACUACUGCAGCUGCUGGCAAGGGGUCCUGUGACUCUGAACAGAAGGAGAAGGGCUGGACUGAAGACCCUCGGAGUUCCUCCCCUGGACCCUCUCAACUCCAGUGUUCCAGAAGCUCAGCCGACACUCCCAGUCCUGGCUUUAGUCCAGAAUGGGACGAACCGGACCCAGACCAGCAACGAGGCCCGAGUCCAGGACCAGAACCAGAACCUGACCGAGUCCACAGCUGCAGACCUAAAGGAGACCACCACCAUCAGCUCUGAAGACGGGGCGCGCUCUACUGUCAAGACCACACCCUCUGCAACUGCAGCUGUGCGCACCCUGGUGGUGUCGGCUGGAGAGAGCAAAGAAGUCACACUGCCGCGAAAUGAAGUGGAACUCGAUGCAUAUGUGGUUCCAACUCCUCUAGAAGGAUCUAAAGACUUUGUGUUUGAUUGGCGGCUGAUCACUCAUCCCAAAGAUUACAGCGGAGAGAUGGAGGGACAGCACAGCGGUACUCUGAAGCUCAGCAAGCUCACUGUGGGCCUGUAUGAGUUUGCGGUUAUGGUGGACACAGACAGUGCUCAUGGAGAAGCGUACGUCAACGUCACUGUAAAACCAGAGCCGCGUGUGAACAAGGCUCCGGUUGCCAUUGUGUCGCCAAAGUUUCAGGAAAUCUCUCUCCCCAUCAGCUCCACGGUCAUUGACGGCAGCCAGAGCACAGAUGAUGAUAGAAUAGUAAAGUACCACUGGGAGGAGGUGAAGGGUCCUCUUCGUGAUGAGAAGGUCUCAGCUGACACUGCGGUCCUGACGCUAACUAGCCUCGUGCCUGGGAACUACACUUUCAGUCUGACGGUGACGGACUCAGAUGGAGCCUCCAACUCCACUCAGUCCAUUCUGAUGGUGAACAAGGCCAUUGACUACAAACCAGCUGCCAAUGCUGGUCCAAACCAGGUCAUCACGUUGCCCAGAAAUGCCAUCACUCUCUUGGGGAACCAGAGUACAGACGACCACGACUCUUUAUCCUAUGAGUGGUCUCUGAGCCCUGAGAGCAAGGACAAGGUGGUGGAGAUGCAGGGAGUGCGGUCGCCCUUCCUCCAGGUGUCUUCACUGGAGGAGGGAGACUACACCUUUAAACUCACAGUCACAGACUCUUCAGGACAACAGGACUCUGCUCAAGUCACUGUCAUCGUCCAACCAGAGAACAACAAAGCACCAGUUGCAGACGCAGGACCAGAGAAGGAGCUGACGUUUCCUGUUGACAGAACAACUCUGGACGGAAGCAAGAGCCACGACGACCAGAUGAUCUCCUCUUACCAGUGGAGGCAAAGCGGGGGUCCGGAAGGCGUGCGGAUUGAGAACGCCAACUUGGCCGUUGCCACGGUGACGGGUCUGGAGCCCGGAGAGUACGAGUUCACUCUGACCGUGAGUGACGAGCGGCAACUACAGAGCAGCGCCCGAGUUCGCGUUAUCGUCAGAGAGGAGUUGGAUCUCCCUCCUCAGGCCCACAUCAGACCCAGUUCUCCGAUUCUUCUUCCUGACUCCACAGCUUUUUUAGACGGAUCUCUGUCUAGUGACGACAAAGGAUCUGUCAGCUUCAUGUGGAGCAGAGACGACAGCAGUCCAGCUGCAGGGGACGUGCUGAACGGCUCUGACCACCAGGGGGUGCUGUUCCUCGGAAACCUGGUCCAGGGCACGUACAGCUUCACUCUGACUGUGACCGACUCCAAGGGACAGAGCAGCAAGACCCAGGGGCACGUGGACGUCCGGCCAGACCAGUUUGAGAGGGACCAGGUGGAGCUGGUCCUGGAGGUCCCCGUGUCCUCGGUGUCUCAAAGACAGAGGGACAUGCUGCUGCGGCAGGUCGGCGUCCUGCUGGGGGUCCUGGACAGUGACAUCAUCGUCCACAGUAUCAGCGCCUUCAAUGAGCUCAGCACACGCUUGGUCUUCGUGGUGUCUGGAGGCCCAGGGCGCCCCCCUCUGGCUGGCCACAGUGUUGCUCUGGGGCUUAGGACCAAACUGAGGAAACAGAAGAACGACUUCCUCAUCUUCAAACCACGACGAGUCGACACCGUCAUCUGCCAGCUGAACUGCUCGGGUCACGGAGACUGCGACUCUUUCUCGCGCCGCUGCGUGUGCCGUCCAUUCUGGAUGGAGAACUUCAUCAGGACAAAGUUUGGAGACGAGGAGAGCAACUGCGACUGGAGCGUCCUGUACGUGACCAUUGCCUCCUUCAUGGUUCUGGUGGGACUGGGCACCAUGGGCUGGGGCCUGUUCUGCUGCUGCAACAGGAGGAAAAGCAAAGUGCGCAGAAGUAAAAGUCGAUAUAAAAUGUUAGAAGAGGAAGAACACAACAGUUUGGAGCUGCGUCCGCCCAGACCAGCUCGUCAGAAGGUCCCUGGUCCCUCCUCUCCCGCUCUCAUGCCCUCGGACUCGGACUUAGACUCUGACGCAGAGCCCUGGCCUGGAGCAGAGCAGGAGCGAGGGAAACUGCUGCGGCCCCAGAACGGGUCCUUGAGGAAUGGCAAGGGCCUCCCACGAGGGAAGACCCGGGACCAAUUGCUAUAG